UUGCUUGCCCAAUCGCAAGCGCGAGUUGCCGGGCGGUUGCCCCGCCCGUUGCGUCAGAGAGGGACAAAGUCAUUGAGGAAGGUUGAUUUUCGGCCUUUUAGAAGAGUCGGCCGUCGGGGUGGAGGCCGGGCAGUUACGGGUGUUCCGCCAUUUUAGGAGUUUCCUGCCGCCAUGUUUUCGACUAUCGCGCCGCUUGUGCGGCUUAAUCCAUUCCACGCUCCUCAGCUCGAGUUGCACCAGAACAGCUGCGGCCCGAGGAAGCGCCUGACUGAAUCGGAAGAGGCCUCCUGCACUCGUCGGAGCCUGGCAGCCGCUUCCUCAGAAGCAGAACAAUAUAGCUGUGCAUAUGGCUCUGGCAGAUUCUUCAUUCUUUGUGGCUUUGGUGGAAUUAUUAGUUGUGGUACUACACAUACAGCAUUGGUUCCCUUAGAUCUUGUUAAAUGCCGAAUUCAGGUGGAUCCUCAGAAAUAUAAGAGUAUCUUCAAUGGAUUUUCAGUCACUCUCAAAGAAGAUGGUGUUCGUGGUUUGGGAAAGGGAUGGGCUCCAACUUUUAUUGGCUAUUCCAUGCAAGGACUUUGCAAAUUUGGUUUUUAUGAAGUUUUCAAAAUCCUGUAUGGCAACAUAUUGGGAGAGGAAAACUCAUAUUUGUGGCGUACAUCAUUGUAUUUAGCUGCAUCUGCCAGUGCAGAGUUCUUUGCCGAUAUUGCUCUGGCUCCAAUGGAAGCUGCUAAGGUUCGCAUUCAGACACAGCCUGGAUAUGCUAAUACAUUGAGGCAAGCAGUCCCCAAAAUGUAUGCAGAAGAAGGUAUUUGGGCUUUCUACAAAGGAGUUGCUCCACUGUGGAUGAGGCAGAUUCCAUACACAAUGAUGAAGUUUGCCUGCUUUGAAAGAACUGUGGAAGCUCUUUACAAAUAUGUUGUUCCCAAACCAAGAAGUGAAUGUUCAAAAGGAGAACAGCUCGUUGUUACAUUUAUAGCAGGCUAUAUUGCUGGUAUCUUCUGUGCCAUUGUCUCACAUCCUGCUGAUUCUGUGGUAUCUGUGUUGAACAAAGAAAAAGGCAGUUCAGCUCUGGCAGUACUGAAGAGGCUGGGAUUCACAGGAGUAUGGAAGGGUCUGUUUGCCCGUAUCAUUAUGAUUGGUACCUUGACAGCACUACAGUGGUUUAUCUAUGACUCUGUGAAAGUUUAUUUCAAGCUUCCUCGUCCACCUCCACCUGAGAUGCCAGAUUCCUUGAAGAAAAAGCUUGGUCUUACUGAGUAGAUGAAUGAUGGACUGAAUGGCUGAUAAUGAAACAUUGUGAAACUUCUCAUGGCAGUAUAGGACAAUGAAACAUGCUUGGCUCGUGCUGUCAUUGGUGGUCAAAAUAAAGAAUAACUAGAAAGACUUUGUUUCAUAGUUUUAAGUCUGACAGGAGAAAAUAGUGUCAUCCUAAUAAAGAGAAACAACAUA